AUAGGUACCAUUGUGACGGGGCCGACCCAGAAUGGAGCAUACCAGAAUUUGACGAAAUCCUGAAUGGGGAAUGGACGUAUGGAGGCAGGACAGAGCAUGAGGUUAUGUGUCAUUGCCAAGAGAUUCCAGAAAAUGGCGCUGAUAUUGCACAUUUGAGCUACUUGCACCUCUCUGGGCCGAACAAAGGUAACAAUGUGAUGAAGAUUGAUCUUGACAACAUGAAUCCACUGAUUCGUCAUACAUGGGAUGGGAAAUGGAUUCCACACACUGGAGAUAAUGCCCACGUAUCCACUAUGUAUUUGGACCAAUUUCUGACAAUUGCUGGUUUCAAGAUUCCGUUUGCAAGUAGCAAAUUGAGGGCUGAACAGUUUGAACGAGACGUCUGGGUAUGGUCAAAUAAGAAAUACAUUAAAAAUCCGAUCCUUGUGCGUAAUGAUGGACCAAUCCAAAAGCAUAGAAGUAUGCUUGGUGUAACUGCGUCCUACACACCAGAUCUAGACAGCUUAGACCAUGGACCAGGCAUCGUCCAUAUGAUUUUCGAUUUUGGAAUUCUUGGUCGUGGAGUGGUACUUCAUCAUGUCACACCCCAAGAACCUUUGCAACAACUCGUACGUUUCAAAUUGUACUCAAAUUUACCGAGGUGGUUUGCGAAGUUCUUAUUGAUCAGUGAAGCAACUCAGUUUGAACGAGACGUCUGGGUAUGGUCAAAUAAGAAAUACAUUAAAAAUCCAAUACUUGUGCGUAAUGAUGGACCAAUCCAAAAGCAUAGAAGGUAAUA